CAUCGAUCUGUCUUGUUGGAUGGUUCAACUUCAAAAGGUGAAUAAAUCACAUUGCUCUAUCCAAGACAAGCUCUACCUUAAGGGUCUAUUUCACCGCCUCAGAGCUCUCAUUGCUUUGAAUUGUAGCCUUAUUUUUGUUACUGGUAUUCUCUCCCUCUGUUUCAGUGGUUUACCAUUUACUUCUGAUUCUUUAAAUUUCGGACUUUCUUUGUCAGGCAUAUAGCAAAGGGGAUGAAGCAUACUAUUUACUGCUCUAUCUUAAUUGAAUUGGGUGUUGAAUUAUGAUCUUGACGCGUGUUCUUGUUCAUACUGGGACUUAAUACUUAAUUCUUAUGAAUGAUGAGCAUUAGUACUUGAUUCUUAUGAAAUGAUGACAGCUUUCAGUUUUAUGGAGUUCAGAAAAGUUUCCCAUAAAGUUGCAUUUCGACACUUCUGAGGCCAUUUUUUAAGAUGGAUCGAUUCCUGCAAUCAAACUAGCCACCUACAGACAACGCUUAAAUUCAGGAUUCGAGGUUACUCAGGAUGAAACAAAUUCAACAAGAACUUGCUCUCUUAGGAGAAAUAUGGGAUCUGAGUUCUCACGCGUGAUAAAAGAAGCAAAAGGCCUUGGAUUAGCACUCGGGAUCCCUUGCUUAGAUGGAGUUGAGGAAGCUGAAGCACAGUGUGCACUACUAAAUUCGGAAUCAUUGUGUGAUGGAUGUUUCACUUCAGACUCGGAUGUCUUCCUUUUUGGUGCAAGGACAGUGUACAGAGACAUAUGCCUUGGGGAAGGCGGUCAUGUAGUUUGUUAUGAAAUGGCAGACAUAGAGAGCAAACUUGGAUUUGGGAGGAACUCAUUGAUUACACUGGCCCUUCUUCUUGGAGGUGACUACUCUCAGGGAGUUCAUGGACUGGGUCCAGAGUCAGCAUGCCAGAUUGUUAAGUCAGUUGGAGACAGUAAUGUUCUUCAAAAAGUUGCAACUGAAGGAUUAUCUUUUGCAAAGAAGACUAAAAGUUCAAAGAAACAAACACAGCCAAACCCGUUGCGUCCUGAAGUCAAUGUUAAUGGAAGUGAUAGCAGUUUAGAUGACCAGAAUCAGUUUUUGCAAGUAAUUGAAGCAUAUUUGAAGCCUAAAUGCCACGCAGCAGAUUCAGAUGCAGUCUAUAGGGUUCUUGCUCAGCUGCCAUUCCAACGAUCCAAACUUCAAGAAAUAUGUAUUGAGUUCUUUGGGUGGCCACCUGAGAAAACAGAUGAGUAUGUCCUUCCAAAAAUUGCUGAAAGAGAUUUGCGGAGAUUUGCCAAUUUGCGUUCAACUUCAUCGGAACUAGGAGUACAUAAUCCUUUGUGCAAGAUACCAGUUAAGUGCCCUGUAUCCACCAUUGUUAAACAGAGAAAAGUUCAGGGAAGAGAAUGCUUUGAGGUUUUGUGGGAAGGGUUAGAUGGACUUGAAACCUCCACAGUUCCUGCUGAUCUCAUAGAGAGUGCUUGUCCUGAAAAGAUUGCCGAGUUUGAGGAGAAAAGAGCUCUAGCGAAGAAACAAAAUCACAGGAAACCAAGAAUAAAGAAAUCAGAAAACAAAUCAAGUUCAACUGUGGCUGAAAUUGACUUAAGGCUCCAAACUUUGUUGCUUGACAUUGAAUCAGGAAGUAAUAACAGUUUUAAUGUCUCCUUUCCGUCAACAGCAGUUAUAUCAGAGGAUAGCAAAACUGCAACUGCAGUUGCAGUUCAUUUUAAAAAGCAAGACCCUCUUAUUGCAGAGUCACAAGGAGAUACUAACUGUAAUGCUGCCGUGUCUUGUCACAUUGAUUCAAGUCUUCCAAAAAAACAUGAGAUCAUUGAUCUUUUGAGUCCUUCUCCACUAGCAAGUACAAGUAAGGUUUCGCGAUGCCAACAUGUCAGUGAUCAACGUAAUGAUGUGAUAGACUUGAGUGAAUCAGAAACUGAAAUGUCACCUGAGCAUGCGAGGAAGGCAAGAGAGUUUAGGUUGUUUCUAGCCAGCAUUAGAGACGACAUUUCUUGAAGAUAAUGAAUGGAGGUUAUUAGGUAGUGAAGAAAUAUCAAACAUGAACUGAUUUAUAAUAUUGAUUGAUCUUUUGUAAA